UCCAUACACUUUGUCAUCGUUCAUCGAGCAGUCCUUUGCCUUUGCAUUGCGCGGCUUCAGUCCGUUCGUAUCAACUGCGCCUCCCGUUUCAUCCUCCUCCCCUUCGCUGCUCCCGUCCUCAUGUCUCGGCGACCCGUCGCUCGGGAUGGCACAGGGCCACCAGCCGCAGCAUCAGCAGCAGGACAGACGCAGCGAAGCGAGGUGGAUUCGCUGGCAAAGCAGCGGCAGUCCUCGCGCAACCCACCGCCAACCCAGCCACAGCCACAGCCACAGCCACAGCCGCAGUCACAGGACCACCUGCGUCGUCGUCGUCAUGGCGGUGGUGGUGGCGGUGGCGGUGGUCGCACUGGGAGCAGUGAGCACGACGCGCCCGACUCGCUGACUGCCUCAUCCGUUGCCAGCGCGCCACAGCACACUCGCACGCAGCGCGGGAAAGCGAGCAAGAUGAGCUCCAGUGGCACACAGGCAACACAGCCAGCGCAACACUGGCAAUUGCCGUGGCUGCCCUUCCUCACGAUAAUAGCAGCAACAGGUCUUCUUCUUAUUCUAGUGGCUGUGGUGCCAUCGAGUCCAUCCAGCCGCGCUUCAGAUUCGCUAUCGCCUUUGUCAUUGUCACACCAAGUCAUGCCGAAUUCAACCGUCGAGCAACGGACGCCGUUGGAUGGGGAACAGUCGCCAAAAAUGGCAGAUUCGCAGCCAGAUGCGAUUCAAGAUCCCAAUCCUCCUCGUACCACUCCUUCAGGAACCGCCGCCCCGGACACGUCAGAGCGACGUCGAACAGGUCGCUCUGGCUCGGAUCCAGCGGCUACCGCCGUGGACGGCGCGUUUAUUGUGCGCUUCAAGGUCUACUCGCAGCACGAUGUUCUUGUUCGCAUUGUCCAGUUGGCUCUUGCAACGCUCGAGAACGCUUCUGAUGUGACUGUGCCAAUCGAUCGCUCGGCCGAGUUUGCCUUUUCUCCGAGUUCUGAUCUCUGGUGGAGCGUCGUGCAUCGAGAAAACCCCGCCUCACAUCUGCCGACUGAUUUCGCCCUGCUUCAGUUUCGCAACGUCGCCACUUGCUCGUUUCGUCAAGCGGCGCUCGCCGCACUUCGUCAGCAUGCAACCGUUCGCUCGGUCUCGCCAGAGCGUCGACUGACACGAGCGCCUCUCCACUUUAUCGACCACGAGAUGCCGACAGAGUCGCAAAUCCACGAAGGGCGACGACACGGACGGCUGCCAAAAGAACUCAACGAGUCGUACAACUCAUCUUUCGCCGCAGGCCGUCACAUGCUUGCUGGAGUGCCGGUCAUUCCCAUGGCAGCUGGUCCGCACGCCCAGCACGUCCAGGUUGCCUCCGUUCUCCACGCGGAACAGAUUUGGGCACGAGGUUUCACGGGAAACGGUGUCCGUACUGCGGUUUUUGACACUGGCCUGGCAAAGUCCCAUCCACACUUUAAAAACAUUGCCGAUCGCACCGACUGGACCAACGAAAGCACGAUGGACGAUGCUCUAGGCCACGGCUCCUUCGUCGCUGGAGUGAUUGCCAGCUCGCGGGAAUGCCCCGGUCUCGCACCCGACGCAGAUUUGUACAUUUUCAGAGUGUUCACAAACCAGCAGGUUUCGUACACGUCCUGGUUUUUGGAUGCCUUCAACUAUGCCAUCCACAAGAAGAUUAACAUUUUGAAUCUCAGCAUUGGUGGACCGGACUUUCUCGACAUGCCGUUCGUGGAGAAGGUCUGGGAACUCAGUGCCAACGGCAUCAUCAUGGUGAGCGCGAUUGGCAACGAUGGCCCGCUGUACGGCACUCUCAACAAUCCUGCAGACCAGUCGGACGUGAUUGGUGUUGGAGGCCUCGACAUUUCCGGCCAUGUCGCGUCGUUCUCGUCGCGCGGCAUGACCACUUGGGAGCUUCCUCACGGCUACGGCCGCGUCAAGCCCGAUAUCGUGACCCAUGGCCACAUGGUGGCGAGCUCGCACAAGGAAACCGGCUGCAAGACCUUGUCCGGCACGUCUGUGGCAUCGCCUGUCGUCGCAGGCGCCGUCACCCUGCUUUCGUCCAUUAUCGAUCCCGCCUCGCGCUGGAAUGUGGUCAACCCUGCCAGCAUGAAGCAAGCGCUGAUCGAGUCUGCGAACGUGGUGCCGGACGCGAACAUUUUCGAGCAAGGCUACGGUUCGUUGAAUCUUCUCGGCGCGUUCAAUCUUUUGGCGCAGUACACACCCCGUGCAAGUCUGGCCCCGCCUGCACUCGACUUGACCGAAUGCCCGCGCAUGUGGCCGUUUUGCGCGCAGCCAAUGUACUUUGGAGCCAUGCCGGUGAUAUUCAACGUGACCAUUCUCAACGGAAUGGGCGUCUCAGGUCAAGUUCUCGGCUCCCCGUCGUGGCAUCCGACGCUGGAGGCUGGAGGCAAUCACUUGGACGUCGCCUUCACGUAUUCCGAGCUGCUUUGGCCAUGGAGCGGCUUCCUCGCCGUUCAUCUCACUGCGCGGGCCUCCGCUGUUGACUUUACAGGCACUGCCGAGGGCACGGUUUCGUUGACCGUUGUCUCCCCGCCUGUGCCUCCUGAAGUUGCGACGCGGGUGACGCGGUUGACCCUGCCGAUCAAGGUCAACAUUGUGCCUCCGCCGCCUCGGAAGAUGCGCGUCAUGUGGGACCAGUACCACAACCUUCGAUAUCCGAGCGGCUACUUUCCUCGUGACAACCUCAAGCGCAAGGAAGACCCGCUCGAUUGGAAUGGCGACCACAUUCACAGCAAUUUUCGCGACAUGUACAUGCAUUUGCGGUCACAAGGGUUUUUCAUUGAAGUCCUCGGUCAACCGUUCACCUGCUUUGAUGCUCGUCAGUACGGCACGUUGCUCCUGGUCGACCCUGAAGAGGAGUAUUUCGCCGAAGAAAUUGCAAAGCUACGGACCGACGUGGUGGAGCUGGGCCUGUCUGUCAUUGUUGUUGCGGACUGGUACAAUGCGGAUGUGAUGCGCGACAAGAUCAAGUUCUUUGAUGAGAACACAAAGCGGUGGUGGACGCCAGAAACCGGCGGGGCCAACGUUCCUGCACUGAACAAUCUGUUGAACGGAUUUGGCAUUGCGCUCGGUGAUAAGGUCUUUGCCGGCGAAGUCACCGUGCGCUCCGACGGCGAGAAUCCUUUCAAAGCGCCAUAUCUUUCGGGCACGAGCAUUACAAAUUUCCCACCGAAGGGCUUGAUAUCGCAACUUCGCCUGACCGACCAGACGGACGAAAUGCUGAAAGGACUGAGUCACGUCGACGAUAAUGUCGCUGUCAUGGGACUGCUCCAAACAGGUCGAUCGGGUGGGCGUAUCGUGGUCUAUGGCGACUCGAAUUGUUUGGAUUCGGCUCAUUCCGAAGGAUUCUGCUUCUGGCUGCUCGACAUGUGGCUGGAGUACACUGGAACCGGGCUGAUUGACUCUCGCCUCAUGGAAAGCCUGACAAGCUUUCCCGAUGGCUACGAAUCGCCUCUUGCUACCAACUCGCCGCAGCGCCUUGAGACCAGCCGGCUGCAAAAGUACUCGAAGGUUCUCCGUCGCGACUCGCUGACCCUGCAACGACCCAUCCCUCAAUGCAUCACGCUUUCCACCGCUGCUCGCAGUCCUCUGCGCAACGCUACAGAAGAUUUCGAUCCGCAUGUCGAUGUUCUUGCAGGCACCUUUGGAAGACUCGCCCCGGUCGGAUCUGGACCGAAAGCCAACCGCGACAGUGUUGACAGCCCUGACACUGGGUCGGAAUGGACCAUGCCCGAGUCGUUGCAGUAUCCAAUUCUGGCCGUUGUUGCAGUGACUGUGGCUCUUGGAGGAUUUGCCUUGUGGUCCCGCACGCGUCACCGUCAGCAGCGCAAACUCUUCAAGGUCUAAAAUUGUUAAUCAUCCCCUUGUUAUUUACAAACUCUCGUUUGAUGUCUGAUAUUUUUUGGUUGCAGUUUUUCGUGUAGAAUAUGCGAAAACAUGAAACAACUUGAU